AUGCUACACUCUCUCUUCACUCUGCGCCGUCACCACCAACACUUCAAACACAUUCUUUCUUCUUUCUCUCUCAUUCCCACAACCCAUCACCACUUCUCCACAACAAUUACUUCUUCUUCUCCAACACACCCUUCAUCACCAACCUCCCCCUUAACCUUCACCAACCAAAAUCACAACACCCAAGUUGACUUGUCCCAUGUUGACUUUCAUGGUAUUGCUCAAUCUUUGUUAUCCAAGUGUUCCCUUUUGGAUAAUAGAGUUAAGGAACGUGUCAAUGCUUCUUCUUCUUCUUCUUCUUUGAAAAGCCACCUUUUGGAGGUGUCCACUGUGAUACCUGAAAUCACUCGCAAGUUUUGGAGGUUUUCCGUGUUGAAACCUGAACAUGUGCUGGAAAUAUUGCUGGGUUUUCAAUCUGAGUGUGUCAGGGUUGGGAUUCAAGUUGAAAAGGUUAGAUCUUUGUGGGAGAUUCUCAAAUGGGGUGAUGAGAAAAACAUGGGUUUCAAGCAUCUUUUGCAAUCGUACGAGGUCAUGGCAUCACUGCUUGUGCAAGUUGGGUUGCUUAGAGAAGCUGAGGAUUUGCUCUUUGCAUUGGAGGGUCGACGAAUUUCAUCGGAUAGGCAUGAGAUUUUCGAUAACUUGAUUGAAGGGUAUGUUGAAAGAAAAGAAUUGGAAAGAGCCAUUUUUGUUUAUGAUAGUAUGAAGGGUCGAGGCAUGGUUCCUUCGAGGUCCUGUUAUCGUGUUCUUCUUGAUCACUUGGUGCAAAUGAAGAAAACACAACUUGCAUUUCGGGUAGCUUUUGAUAUGCUGGAUUUAAGUGCACCAAUUAGUGGUGCUGAGAUGAACACAUUGGAGAAUGUUAUGAUACUACUUUGCAUCUAUGGGAAGAUUCAGGAAGCAAGAAGCAUGGUGAAGAAGGUGUUGCCAUUUAAUUCUGAGGUUAGUAGCUUUGUUUUUGAUGAAAUUGCAUUUGGAUACUGUGAGAGGAAGGACUUCAAAGAUUUGCUUAGUUUCUUUGUUGAAGUAAAGUGUGCCCCGAGUGUAAUGGCUGCUAAUAGAGUUAUAAAUUCUCUAUGCGGCAGCUAUGGUGUAGAAAGGGCAGGAAUGUUUAUGCAAGAACUAAAAAGUAUAGGUUUUAGUCCUAAUGAAGUAACCUAUGGUAUAUUAAUCGGUUGGAGUUGUCAUGAAGGGAAGAUGAAAAAUGCAUUGAGUUAUUUAUCAGUUAUGCUAUCAAAAAGCUUUUUGCCGCUUAUAUAUACUUACAAUGCUCUUAUAAGUGGGUUGUUUAAAGUAGGUAUGUUAGAGCAUGCCCGUGAUGUUCUUGAUGAGAUGAUUGAUAAGGGGACACCACCUGAUAUUUCAACUUUCAGAGUUCUUAUAGCAGGGUAUUGUAAGUCUAGACGGUUUGAUAAAGUGAAAAAUUUGAUUCAUGAGAUGGAGAGCCGUGGUUUAAUUAAACUUUCUUUGAUGGAGAAUCCACUUUCCAAGGCAUUUCUGAUUUUGGGUUUGAACCCUUUGAGUGUGAGGUUGAAACGAGAUAAUGAUGGGAGACUUUCAAAAACAGAGUUCUUUGACGAUAUCGGAAAUGGACUAUAUUUGGAUGCAGAUGUUGAUGAGUAUGAGAAACACAUUACUAGGGUUCUUGAAGAAUCUGUGGUACCCAACUUCAAUUCAUUUGUCAGGAAGGAAUGUAGCAAUAAUAACCCUAAAAAUGCAUUAGUUUUGGUUGACGAAAUGCUUUGUUGGGGACAAGAAUUGCUGUUGCCAGAAUUCUUAAAGUUAGUGAGGCAACUUUGUUCAUCUCGGUCACAAAUCAAGUCAGCGAUCAAGCUUUUGGAGAAAAUGCCACGGUCUGCCCAUAAACUCGACGAGGAAACUCUCAAUAUGGUUGUACAGGCAUACAGCAAGAAGGGCUUACUGUGCAAAGCAAGAAUUAUACUGGAUGAAAUGCUUCAAAACAAUUUACAUAUCAAGAAUGUGACAUAUACUGCCAUAUUCAUGACUUUGUGUAAGAAAGGAAACAUGAAGGACCUUAAUUAUUACUGGGACAUUGCUUCUAGAAAUAAAUGGAUACCAGGGUUGGAGGAAUUUAAACAUCUUCUUGUCCAUAUCUGUCAUCAGAAAAUGCUUGGGGAAGCAUUACGGUUUCUUGAAAUCAUGCUUUUAUUAUACCCUUACCUAAGGUUAGAUAUAUGUCAUGUAUUUCUAGAAGUACUUUCUGCUACGGGUCUUGCAGGCAUUGCACUUGUAGUUUUAAAACAACUACAACAUUGUUUCAUCUUGGAUCAUGCUGGUUAUAAUAAUCUUAUAUGGGGCUUAUGUAAUGAGGGAAAAUUUUCUCCAGCCUUUACAGUGUUGGAUGAUAUGCUAGAUAGAAAUUUGGCUCCUUGUUUGGAUGUUUCAAUCUUGUUAAUCCCUCAAUUGUGUAAGGCUCAUAGAUUUGACAAAGCUAUAUCGUUAAAAGAUAUCAUUUUGAAAGAGCAGCCUUCAUUUUCUCAUGCUGUUCAUUGUGCAUUGGUAUGUGGAUUUUGUAAUAUGGGGAAUAUUGGGAAAGCUGAUACUUUGUUCCGUGAUAUGUUGUCCAAAGGACUAGGUCCCAAUGAUGAACUGUGCAACAUGCUUAUUCAGGGCCACUGCCAAGCUAAUGACUCAAGAAAAGUGGGGGAGCUACUUGGUGUUGCAAUAAGAAAGAGUUGGGAGCUGUCCCUCUCAAGUUACAGGUAUUUGGUGCGAUUGAUGUGUAUGAAGGGUAGAGUCCUAUUUGCUCUGAACUUAAAGAACCUUAUGCUUGCACAAUGUCCACUUGAUGACCUUAUCAUAUAUAACAUUCUUAUUUUCUAUCUUUUGUUAGCUAGAAACAGUUUGGUUGUUAAUAAGAUACUAUCUGAAAUGGAAGAGAAAAAAGUUGUACUCAAUGAUGUUGGUUAUAGUUAUCUUGUCUAUGGUUUCUUGCAAUGUAAAGAUUUAUCUAGUUCUCUGCAUUAUCUGACAACCAUGAUUUCAAAGGGACUCAAACCAAGAAACCGCAGCUUGAGGAAGGUAAUAAGCACCCUGUGUGAUGCUGGGGAACUGCAAAAAGCCCUGGAAUUGAGUCAAGAAAUGAGAUUAAGAGGCUGGAUGCAUGAUUCUUUCAUUCAAACAGCUAUUGUGGAAAACCUUCUUUUCUGUGGUAGGAUACAAGAAGCUGAAAACUUUUUAGAGAGGAUGGAAGAGGAAUCUCUAAUUCCUGAUAAUAUCAACUAUGAUUACCUGAUUAAGCGAUUUUGCGAGUAUGGAAGAUUGAACAAGGCAGUUCAUCUUAUGAACAUAAUGCUGAAGAAACAUAACAUUCCUAUUUCCACCAGUUAUGAUUUUCUCAUUCAUGGAUUCUGUGUACAAGAUAAAUUGGACAUAGCUUUGGAUUUUUAUUCUGAGAUGUUAAAUUGGAAUCUCAAACCAGGAAUUGAGACAGUGGAAAUGCUUGUCCAAAGCUUGUGCCAAGAUGGGAGGACAGAACAAGCAGAACAGUUUCUAGUGGACAUGAUUCAUUGGGGUGAAACUCCAACCAGAAAAAUGUAUUACACUGUAAUUAAGAGUUAUCACAUGGAAAAGAAUCUUAGGAAGGCAUCAGAGCUCAUGCAAGCCAUGCAGGAAAAUGGCUAUCAGCCAGACUUUGAGAUGCAUUGGUCUCUCAUAAGCAAUCUAAGCAGUGCUAAAAUGAAGGACACUGAUAAUGGCAGCAAGGGAUUUUUAUCAAGGCUUCUUUCUAAAAGCGGUUUUCCUCAAAAGAAAUGA